AUGGCUUUAUCACAAACUUAUAUGCGUUCAUCAACUAUUGAAAAUUUGUUUCUCUUUACUGCUUGUGAACGAGGAGAUUUACACACAAUUGAAACUCAUUUAAAUUCUGUUUCAUCAUUGAAAAUCUCUUCAAUACGUGAUGAAUAUCAAGCUACACUUAUUCAUUAUACAUCAAGAUAUGGACAUUUAAAUAUAUUGAAAUAUUUUCUUGAAAUAAAACAUAUUGAUAUAAGUCAAUUAUAUACAAAACAUGGUGCAACAUGCGUACAUGAUGCAGCUGUUUGUAAUCAAAUGGAAAUUCUUAAAUAUAUAUUUGAUUAUUAUCGAAAAAAUUUUUCUGAAAAAUUUCGUUGGACUAUUCGAGAUGAACAAGGAAAUACACCAUUACAUCUUGCUGCUCAUUACAAUUCAUUAAAUGUUCUUCAUUAUUUACUUGAAGAAGAAUUAGCUGAUCCUCAUUAUCGAACUUAUAAUGGUUUUCAACCAAUUCAUUGUGCUUCUCAAUAUGGUCAUACACAAUGUGUUAAAUUGUUACUAUUGAAAUCUCCGUAUACAAUUAAUCAACAAACAAAUCAAUUAUUAACUCCACUUCAUCUUGCUUGUCAAGCUGGUUCAUUAGAGACUAUUCAAAUAUUAAUAUCAUACGGAGCAAAUUUACAAUUAAAAGAUCAAGAUGGUUUAAAUUGUUUACAUAUUGCUUGUCAAAAUAAUCAUCUUGAUAUUGUUCAAUGGUUAAUAGAAAAACAAACUACAAAUAUAGAUGAUGUCGAUUAUAUGAAUAAUACACCAAUACAUUAUGCUGCUACUAAUGGAAAUGAACAUAUCAUUAAUUAUUUAUUAGAAAAAAAUGCUAAACUUAUUUCAAAUAAUAAUGGAAAUACACCAUUACAUCUUGUUAGUAAGGAUUUUUAUAAACAAAAAUUUUUAGAUCAAGCAGCAAAACAUGGUCACCGAAAUGUCUGUUCUAUAUUAAUCGAACGUGGCUAUUGUUCGCUAACAUCUGUUAAUUGUGAACAAUUAACUGCUGCUGAUUUAGCUGAAAAUUCUGGUUAUCCAUCACUUGCUAAUGAAUUUCGACGUGAUGUAAAUUCUUCAUCCAUUCAAGUCGAAAAAGCAACUGUUGUUCGAUUAGUUAUUAAAAAAAGAAAUGUUCCACAUUCAGAUGCAUCGAAUCAAGUAAAUGAACAAGAUUUAUUAAAUAAAGAUGAACAAUCAUCAAAUAAAUAUCCUUCAUGGCUUAAAAUGACAAAUCAAACAAUAGAAGAAUUUCAACAAGAUAUUCAGAAUAAACAAUCAAAUUUACGAAAAAUACAAUAUGAUUAUUUUCAACAAAAACCAUUAACCAAUAAAGAAGAUAUAUCAACAAGUACUGAUUAUUUCGAAUAUUUAAAUAAUCAAGAUAAAAAUAAUGAAUUUAUACUUAAUUCAUCAAUCGUUGCAAUUUCAAAAUUGCAAUAA